AAAAGAACAGAACAUCAUAGACAGAACAAAACAGAACAAAGUGUUCCAGAGUUUGAACAAUCUUCAGAAACAUCAAUGGAGGGCAUCAAAAGAAGACUCUUUACUUCAUCAAUUUCACCAACAAUGGUGUUUCUCUCUCUAGCUUUUGCUAUUCUUCUCAUGCUACCAAUGGCAUCAGCUUCAAGGAUUUUGGUCGGUGGAAGCAAGGGUUGGAACACAAAUUUCAACUACACUACUUGGGCUAAGGACAAGCAUUUCUACAAUGGUGAUUGGCUUUUUUUUGUGUAUGAUAGGAACCAAAUGAAUGUACUAGAAGUAAACAAAACAGACUAUGAAACAUGCAACUCAGAUCAUCCACUUCACAACUGGACAACUGGAGCUGGAAGAGAUGUUGUUCCAUUGAAUGUGACAAGACAUUACUAUUUCAUAAGUGGCAAAGGUUUUUGUUUUGGUGGAAUGAAGAUAGCUGUUCAUGUUGAAAAACUACCUCCACCACCAAAGGCUUCACCUAUAAAAUCUUUUGCACCAACUCUUAAAGGCCAUAGUAUCCUUCUCAUGCCUAUUGUUUUUGCCAUUGGAGCAGCUUGGGAUUCAUUCAUUUAUUUAUGGUAACUUUUAGAUGAUUCCUUGGACAAAUACCAAAGGGUGUUACUUGUUGAUGAUUAUGUUGUGUUGAACUUUUUUUUAAGGUUUUAAAAGGGUCAUUGUUGGUUGGAUUAGUUGUUGUUGACCUCAAAUGAGGUUGAAGUGUUUGGUGUGAAUGUAGUUAGUGUGUUUGUGGUUGUUGUGUUAUGAGGAGAAAUAUGUGACAAACUUGUUUGAUUUAAUUUAUUGGAGAAAUCAAAUGCGGAAAUUGUGGAAA